AUUUGAUAGAACUGGGUAGAAAAAUGACCGGUAUUCAUCCCAAAGAACGAAAAAGACGUUCUUUGCGAUGUGUUAUAGUUCGUGUUUUCCUCCUGACUGUGAUAUUCCUUAUCGUUUACGACUGUGGUCUGAUAACCGUGACCAUUACGUUUCUUCAUGACAACCUAGCCGCCAUCUUGCCCAUGUACGGAACCCGCCAACGCUUCCUGUGUGUAACAUUCCAGGGAGGCCUGGGCAACCUGUUGUUCCAGUACGCUUUCGCCUACGCCACUUCCAAGUCGAAUAACAUGACCAUGUUCUGCACGCGCAAUGACGUAAAGCAGCUGCAGGAAAUAUUCUACGUUCCGGACUGCACUCGAUACUACAACGCGGAGAAGGUGUGCAAGAAGGCCCCGUCCAGAAACAGUCGCUACGACUGCGGUUUUGACGAAAGUAUCGUGACACUGAACAAAACGGAUCUGAAGAUGGACGGCUAUUUCCAGUCCUGGGUGUACUGGAAGAACGAAGAGUUCGUUCUUCGUGAGUAUUUCAAGAUCAAACAACACGUUCUGAACGCGUCCGAAACGCUGAUGGCGAGCGCUCUGAACAAUCUCGGAUACUCCAGAUCUAACGCCACCCUCGUCGGAAUCCACAUCCGCAGGGGCGACAUCAUCACAAAGGACUACUUGAUCAAAUACGGCUACGACGCACCUGGCCAGGACUACCUGAAAAGGGCGAUGGAAUACAUCAGGUCGAAGGUCAAAGGAGACAUAGUUUAUGUCGUCUGCUCCAACGAUAUGACGUGGACGCGGCGGGUUAUUCAGGACCCAAACGUGGCCUUCAUGGAAGGUGGUUCGCGGGAGAUCGACUUCGCGCUGUUGGCGUCGUGCGACCACCUCAUCAUGACGGUGGGGACGUUCGGCUGGUGGGUGGGGUGGAUGGUAAAGGGGAUCGUCGUCUACUACGACAAACCCUUUAAGAAUGGCACGCAGCUGGAGAAGAGGUUUACCAAAGAUUACAGGACGACUUUAUACUAUCCACACUGGGUCGGGUUUAGCUAGCAGUAAUUUCUGGAGUAACAUCUGGCCUAAUCUGUUAAAUUGUGUGGCUGUAUUUUCAAUCUGAUUAAAAUUAGCUCUACUGGUCUACCAGUAGAGCUAAUAGUAAUUAACCAGUGGAGCUAAUUUUAAAUAGAUGGCUGUAUUUUAGACAGUAUUAUUCUGUGGCCCUUCUAGCCCUAUCACGAGGGUAUGUUUUAUAAUAUAGAACUUGGUAGCUCGAGUGUCAUCUAGCCCAGUCUGUUAAAUUGUGUGGCUGUAUGUUAGACUAUUUUUUUGGUGGCCCUUCUAGCCCUACCUUGUUUUAAAUGUGAGGGUGUAUUUUAUAAUACAGAACUUGGUAGCUCGAGUGUCAUCUAGCCCAGUCUGUUAAAUUGUGUGGCUGUAUUUUUGUGGUGGCCCCUCUCUGGCCCUACCUUGUUUUAAAUGUUAGUGUGUAUUUUAUAAUACAGAACUUGAUAGCUCAAGUGCCCUCUAGCCCAGUCUAUUAAAAUGUGAGGGUGUAAUUUAAACAGAACUUGAUAGCUCGAGUGCCCUCUAGCCCAGUCUAUUACAAUGUGAGGGUGUAAUUUAAACAGAACUUGGGUGCUCGUGUUCCCUCUAGCCCAGUCUAUUAAAAUGUGAGGGUGUAAUUUAAACAGAACUCGGGUGCUCGUGUUCCCUCUAGCACAGUCUAUUAAAAUGUGAGGGUGUAAUUUAAACAGAACUUGAUAGCUCGAGUGCCCUCUAGCCCAGUCUAUUAAAAUGUGAGGGUGCAAUUUAGACAGCAUAUUUAGUAUCUGGGAUGUUCUUCGGUCAAAUCUGUUAAAGUGUGAGGAUGUAUUUUAGACAGAACUUGGUAGCGCUAGUGCCUUUUAGCUUUAAUGUGUUAAAAUGUGAAGAUGUAUUUUAGUCAGUAUUUGGUAGCUCCGAAUGUUCUUUAGCUCUACUCUGUUUAAAUAUGAGGGUGUUUUUGGUAGCCCUAGUCACUUCCAUCCGUACCUGGACCCCCUUUGUCGAAAUAAUCUUAGUGUUAAGAUCGCAUUAAGUGCACAAAGUAGCUGUGCACUUAAGAUGAUCUUAGUGCUACGAUCGCUUCGUAAAACUCGAGAGAGAGAGAGUAUUUUAAACACAGUACUUGAUAGCGCAAAGAGUUCACAAGCCUUAUACAGUAGAAUCGCGUUGGAUCGAACUCGAAGGGUCGAAUACACUGCAACGCUAGAACAGAAACGAAAUCCCGAGUUACACUUACAUGUUGUUGACCAAAUGGUUAGAUCGAACUACCCAAUGAGUCGAACACUUUUUCGAGCACCGACAGGGUUCGAGCCAAUGAGAUUCAACUGUAUUUAUAUGUGAUAGUGUUGGACACAUUAUUUGGUAGAUCGAGUGUCUUCUAGUCGUGCCCUGUUUACAGAAGGGAGAGUAUUUUGUAGAUCGAGUGUUCAACAAGCCCUGCCUCAUUUAAAUGUGAGGAUGUAUUAUAGACUGUGAACUCGUGAUAGCUCGAUUGUUAUAUUUCCGGUAUUUGGCAACUGUUUGCGUGUUCUAAUUGAAUGAGGAUGACGAAUAAGUGUGUGAGCAGAGGCGGAUCAUUGGGGGGGGGGGGGGGGG